GUGAUGGGGAGGAGCUAAUGAGUCAUGAAGACAUUAUGGGGUGAAGCUGAUGGAUGAUGAAGACAUGUUGGGGAGGAACUAAUGAGUCCAUUCUGCGGUUCUAUUGGUUCAUUGUGUUACUUUAGCUGCAAGCUGAGCUCUGAUUGGUUGUUUAAGAAGUAAAAAAGCACGCAAGAGAUGCAAAGUCACAAGUCUGCACUGGAGAUGAUAGGUGAGAACUUAAUCUUUCACUUUUCUUUGCCUCAUCAUGAAAUGUUCAUGUCAACUUCUUUCACAGAUCAUCAUGGAUGACUGGAGCCACUGUUUGACCUUUGGCCUUUCCAUGGCCAAACAGGCCAGUCAGCUCGUGCUGGCGGCGUUUGAACAGCAAAAAGAGGUCAAGUGUAAAAGUUCUGCUGCUGAUUUGGUGACACAGAGUGACAUGAAGGUGGAAAACCUCCUCAAGUCAGCCAUCGCUAACAAAUAUCCUGACCACAGGUUCUGCUUAAUUAUUUUCUACUUAAUUAUAUUACUUUCAUUAUGGAUGUCACAUGAAUCGAAGUCUACCUUUGACCCCAGGUUCAUCGGGGAGGAGUCUGUGGGCACAGGGGAGGAUGUGGAGCUGACAGACCAUCCAACCUGGCUCAUUGAUCCCAUUGAUGGAACUGUCAAUUUUGUCCACAGGUUCCCUUUUGUGGCCAUCUCCAUCGCCUUCUGUGUCAACAAGCAGACGGAGUUUGGUAUCGUGUAUAGCUGUGUGGAUGACAAAGUGUAUCACGCUCAGCGAGGAAGAGGAGCCUUUAUGAACGGGCAACAGCUGCACGUCUCUGGACAGCAAGAUGUGAGCAAAUGCGUGGUGGUUACUGAGAUUGGGGCGGAGCGUGAUGACCUGGCUCUGUCCACGAUGACCUCCAACAUCUUCAGACUGCUGAAGCUUCCUGUGCACGGAUUGCGAGCGUUGGGCACGGCGGCAGUCGAUAUGUGUCAGGUGGCAACAGGUGGUGCUGAUGUCUACUAUCACAUUGGGAUGCACUGCUGGGAUAUUGCUGCCUCCGCCAUCAUUGUCCAGGAAGCUGGGGGCAUUGUCAUUGAUACCGAUGGCUCAGAGUUUGACAUGAUGUCACGGCGAGUCAUCGCAGCGAGCUCGUCUGUUGUGGCCAAUCACAUUGCUCGGGUGAUUCGCGUAUUUCCCUGUCGCCGUGAUGACGCCAAGCCAAGCGAAUGACGUCGGUAUCAGUGGCAUCGAUGGCCGUCUGUCAGUCACGUCUGUGGUCAACCACCACCAUAGCUGCUUGGAGGUGGAGCUUAUACAAAUUACCAGUGUUUGGAGUAACGAUGUUAAAAAUAAUAUGGAAACUAAUUACAUUUAUGAAAAUGUAAUUUCAUUGCUAAUUCAAUUACUCUUUGGAGAAAGUAACUAUGACUAAAUACUUUUAAAAAGUAUUUUGCCCAACACCGCAAAU